AUGGUGAUGGUUCUGGAAAACAGUAUUACAAUAAGCAAGAUCAAACUUAUGCCACUACUGAAAGACCUAUAUUAUGCUGACAAAUGUACUGUAUGCUGUCAGGCAGUAGAAAAACAGCUGAAGAUCUGUGGCUUUAAGAAGAAUGUGGAUGUCUUAUCAUUGUAUCUGGCUGGACAAGGACUAAGGAGUAUCCCAAGUCUAUCACAAUUUCAUAGGUUAAGGUAUUUGUGGAUUAACAACAAUAAGAUCCAAGCUUUAACCUUCUUGAUCAGAAACUACUGCUUGACUGAACUCUAUCUCAACAAUAAUGAACUGACAGAUAUAUCAGGAGCUCCGAAACAUUCACGUGUGCUACAAAUUCUGUUUCUACACAACAACUAGUUAAAAAUACUUGGCAAAACAGUGAAGGAAUUGAAAGGAAUGAUAAACUUGCAGACCCUGAACCUGUUCCAUAACCCUCUGGCCCAAGACCCAGACUAUCGGCUUUAGAUCUGCUUCCUUCCUUCAGUAUAGCUCCUUGAGAGGAAGACAGUUACACAAAGAAAAAGAGAGUCAGCUCUUCAUUAUAACCACAAAAGGUCUUGCGUUGUGCAGUCAAUAGCUUUUGGAAAGAGAGUCAAUACAUCCCUGAGGACUGCAGUGGGAACUAUCAGCUGCGCUCCACCAGCCAGAAGACUGAUGACGCCCUCAGGUGUUGAUAGUAACGUAAGGAAAGCACCAUUUGAGAACCCUGAAGAUGCCGUUUUACUACGAGCAAUAGCAAGAACUCUAAUGGAAUUUUCCUCUGUUGACUGGAACAAAGUAGCCACCUGUCAAGAAAGACAGCUUGAAAACAAAGCAGAAGAACGUCAGGAGAAGCUGACAGACCAAAUUAGAUGAGUGCUCCCUUCCUUAACACAAAAUAAUUCCUCUCUCUAGUGGAAGCCUUUUGAGUAAGUUAAUAUCUCUAUAAAACAAGUACACUAAAACAUGCCUUUAAUUAAAUGACCUCCCAGCAAAAAAACGUAUUAGUGUAACAUUCCUUUCAUCAUCAGAUAUAUAACAUGUAAAGUAAGAAAUUAAGAAAAUAAAUGAUAAAUAGUGAUGUUACAAUAAACGUUGCUUGAAAUGCAAUUCUUGCUCUACUUCUGUUAAAAGAAAUCAUUAAAGCUAAACUUGUAGCUAAUUGUUAAGCAAUUAAAGAUAAAUAAUUUCAUUCUUUUUAGUUUCUGCUGGAGAAUUAAGACUUCCCAUGUGCACAAGCAGUAACUUCUCUCCUUUCAAAAUAAAGAUUUGAGAAAGCAGCCACUAAGCUUUUCUCAUUUCUGAGAGGGAUUAAAGUUUCGAUUUGCUCAUUUGUGUGCUGCAUGAAUGCACCAAAACCUCUUAGUUUUAUGAGGAUACUCAUUGGGUCUUAAUACAGUAGAGCCAUGAGGUGUUGAGCUUGCUGGUACCCAGCUGAUGCCUGUGGCUGCUGGUACUCCCCCAGGCCGUAGGCCUCUGCUUGCAGAUCCUUUUGGAGAGGACAGGACUUGCUAAGCGCAAGGCAGUGCCCCAAGGCUGCCAACCGAUUCUAAGUCAGUCGGCAGCCUUGCUGACCACAAGGGUCACACAAUGCUGUAGUGCUACACCUGACACUUCGGGCGCUGAAGCCUGUUACCAUUAAAGAAACUAGUCAGAGAUAUGCACAUAGAUAGAAAAUAAUACAUCUUCCUCCCUCCAUUCUACCAAAGGCUUAAUGUCAAUGCUAUCUAAUGUAUCAAAGCCCUUUUCCAGCCUGUUGCUUGUCUUCCGAGUUCCUUCUUUAUAAGUAACACAUCACAUGAGAUGUUUCCUCCAAUUCAUGAUUAGGCAAGAGCCUGUUUAUCAGGACCUAUCAACCAGGAUGGUCCAACAGAUGAGCUGUCACCAGCUUAAGCUGAGGAAGGCAGAGGCAGCUCUGGAGCAUCAUCGUGAACUAGGACCCUAACUUGGAUUGCAGUUGCUCUCCUUUGAGUCUUUGUGCAAAAAGAGGGAACUGCAGCAGCCUCUGCUCCUAAAGGUUUCAAAGCCUUUUCGAGUUAGAAUGACAACACGACUACAUAAGCUGCAUCAUCCAUCCCACACUUCACACUAGUUUCCAGUGUUCAUACUUCCUCCUACUGCUUGGGCUUCUCUUCUUUAUCAAGAAAAAGCAUUGGCUGACAAGAAGAAAGCAAGAUUCAUGCUGUGGAUUUUACCAUGCUUGCAAAAUCCUGAUUCAUUUGCCCUAAAGGGGUUGCAUUUUCAGAGAAAUCUUAAAGAGCAACACGUCCCAGCAAGCCCAAAGUCCUACUUGUAGAACAGGGAACCAGCAGCGCUUCCACACUACCAGAUCCAAGAGUGGACAGUGACUACAUCAUGACUCCAUAUCUAAGUUCCAGGCAU